AUGGAGGCGCUGGUCGUGCGAGGAGUGGCCGCCGUGCUCGCCUUUCCCGCGUCCCGGCGGGAGCUGCUCCAGGUGGAUUUCGCCGCCGCCUUUCUGGACAUUCCCUUCAUCAGCAUCGGACAAGAACCGGAGGAGGAGGAAGAGGAGCGGGAGGGCGGCGACGGCGGCGACGGCGACGAGCCCCCGAUGCCCUUCAGGACCUGGAACCCCUUCCAUCUCCACAUGGAUCGAUGUGGUGACUUUGAGACUCUCCUGGACUUGCUGGUCACCAUCUUCCACGCCAACAGUUGGCAAGAUGUCACCCUGGUUUUGUGCCAAGCGUGGGACGCCUCCGGCUUCAUGGACCUCUGGACCAGCCACACCAACCUUGAGAAGACAGUUGUGGUGGACUUGAGCUUCCUUGAUGAGAGAGAAGCAGCUCGCCACCUUCGGCGGCACUUGGAGGAAUACCGUGAAUUGCCCAGCCCAGCUUUGCUUUUUGGCUGCAAUGCCCGACUCUCCCAGCUCGUCUUCCGGAUGGCAAAAGAGCUAGGAGUAACUCAGCAGUUCCACUGGAUUCUGGGGCAACCCCAGAACGUGGAUGAGCUCCAGACGGAGGGGCUGCCCCUGGGUCUCUUGGCCUUUGGGGAGGUGGACAGGCCCUCCCUGGAAUACUUUAUCCAGGACGCAAUGGAGCUGGUGUCCCGUGCCAUUUCUCGAGCUGUCUACGUCCGACCUGACCUCGCCCUCAUCCAGAGCAUGGUGAAUUGCAAUGACAAACACGUUGUAGACUCUGAGUCCUCUGGGCUCUACCUUUCCCACUUUUUAGCUAACACAUCUUUCCGUGGCCAGACAGGCGAGGUCUUUGUGCGCAACGCAUCUCACGUCCACACUGACCAUCGCUACAAAAUCUGGAGCCUGCUGAGGGAUUCGGUGGGCCAGCCCACGUGGGUGACCGUGGGGAGCUGGAAGGGGGGCGAAAUGGAGGCGGAGGAGGGCAGCUGGCCGCAGCAUCUGCAGCGCAAGAACCAGGCCGAGGGCGGGGGCUUCUCGCGCAUGAAGCUGCGGGUGGUGACCUUGGUGGAACACCCAUUUGUCUUCACCCGGGAGGUAGAUGAAGAGGGCAACUGCCCAGCUGGACAACUGUGCCUAGAUCCUCACACCAAUGACUCCUCUGUGCUCGACACCCUCUUUGAGGAGCUGAACUCAGAGAAUGGCUCUGUGCCGGUGGACUACCGAAAAUGCUGCUAUGGCUAUUGCAUCGACCUCUUGGAGAAGCUGGCUGAAGACUUGCCCUUUGACUUUGACCUCUACAUUGUGGGAGAUGGAAAGUACGGGGCCUGGAAAAAUGGGCGUUGGACGGGGCUGGUGGGAGAUCUGCUGAGUGGCACGGCCCAUAUGGCAGUGACGUCCUUCAGUAUCAAUUCAGCCCGGAGCCAGGUGAUGGACUUCACCAGCCCUUUUUUCUCCACCAGCUUGGGCAUCCUGGUGAGGAUCCGGGACACAGCAUCGCCCAUCGGGGCCUUCAUGUGGCCACUGCACUGGACCAUGUGGGUGGGCGUCUUUGUGGCCCUCCACAUGACAGCCCUCUUCCUCACCUUGUAUGAAUGGAAGAGCCCCUACGGCAUGACCCCCCAUGGUCGCAACCGCAUGAAGAUCUUCUCCUACUCCUCAGCCCUGAACCUCUGCUAUGCCAUCCUUUUUGGACGCACUGUCUCCAGCAAGACACCCAAAUGCUGGACUGGCCGUUUCCUCAUGAACCUCUGGGCCAUCUUCUGCCUCUUAGUCCUUUCCAGCUACACAGCCAACUUGGCCGCAGUGAUGGUGGGCGAAAAAACGUUUGAAGAACUCUCUGGGAUUCAUGAUCCCAAGCUCCAUCAUCCAUCCCAGGGUUUUCGUUUUGGCACCGUCUGGGAGAGCAGCGCAGAGGAGUAUAUCAAGAAGAGUUUCCCAGACAUGCAUGAAUACAUAAGGCGGCACAGUGUCCCUACCACCCCUGCGGGGGUCACAAUGCUCAAGACCAGCCCCCCAAAGCUGAAUGCCUUCAUCAUGGAUAAAUCCUUGCUCGAUUAUGAGGUCUCCAUUGAUUCAGACUGCAAACUCUUAACAGUUGGGAAGCCUUUUGCUAUUGAAGGCUACGGCAUCGGCCUUCCUCAGAACUCGCCUCUGACCUCCAACAUCUCCGAGUUCAUCAGCCGCUACAAGUCGGCCGGCUUCAUGGACCUCCUGCACGACAAAUGGUACAAGAUGGUGCCCUGCGGGAAAAGGGUCUUUGCCGUUACUGAGACUCUGCAAAUGGGGAUCUACCACUUCUCCGGCCUCUUUGUGCUCCUUUGCAUUGGACUCUGUGGCUCUCUGCUCACCUCCCUUGGAGAACACAUCUUUUACCGGCUCAUCUUGCCUCACAUUCGGCGCAAGAAAAAAUUCAAUUAUUGGCUCCAUACCAGCCAGAAAAUACACCGGGCUCUAAACAUGGGACUGGAGGAACAGAGGAUCAAGAAGUUGAAUUUAGAGAAAAGAUGCAACCUUCAACAGCCUCCAAAUGAACCCGAGCCGCUGCCCAGCCAGGCAGGCUGGAAUAACCUCCGUUGCACAGCGAUGAAGAAGGAAGACAAACGGGUGCACUUUAACAUUGAUAACGCCCCAGAGGAGGCAUCAGAAGAUGAGAGACAAGGCCCUGUUGUUUGGCACUGCAUGAACGGCCAGGACCCCCAGCAGGACAGCAAGGAAGCCAAGCAGAAGGAGUUGAAGGAGCUGGAGAGCAGAAUUGAGGUUAUGCGGGAGCAGCUGAGGGAAGCCCUGGUGCGGAAGAGCGAGCUCAUGGUGGCCCUUGGACCACCCCCCAAAGCUCCUCGGCUGCCCCCUGCCCUGAAGGCACUAAUCAGGGAGACCAAUGAGGACAGGUGAUGGAGUGGGGCAAUCGAACUGGACUCUGUACGGACUCCUCUGUUCCUGGUGAAGAAUGCCGGUGCAAAAAGCCAAACAAUGAGAGAAGUAGACUAUUUGUUGGGAGACAUUUUGUUCUAGCUCUCCCUGCCUUCCCCAGAUCAGUUUUCAUCCCAGGGGCCGUGGGUUGCUGGUCACCCUUGUUUGCAUGUGGAAAGUCCCCACUUCAUCCCUGUCUAUUGCAAAAGCCAUCAGGCUGAGAAAGAUGGUGGCACAACAGCCGACAAACAGGCAGGACUAGUUAUGUUUGGGAUCCGAGUUAAUUAAUUCACAGUUGUACUAAGUUGCCUUCACGGGUCCAUGUUCAGCAGGUGCUGAUUGUUACUUUCUGUUCUGUGAAACCCUGUUGCUGAUUUGGGCGACCUAGAAGGAGCACACUUCUUGAGCUUUCGCUAGUCUUUUGACACCUGACUAGCCAGGCACAAUUUCUAGGAAGCUUCAAAGAACGGGAGCUGCUGAACUAAGAGAAGA